UUCCCCCAGGACCUGUGAAACACUCAAGGAAAGAGAACUGGUUUCCAACACGGGUGAGACCCAGCUCGUGCUGCCGUGCCCUGUCCCAGUGCCUUCUAGCCAACUGGGUGUGGCUCCAAGAGCCCGGCCUAGGCUGUCUCAGCCUUUGCCCAGGGUCUGGUGGCUGUUGGCCAGACUUGUGGACCCAGAAGAUACAGGUGGGGAACGCUGUGGAGCCCCAUUCAGGGACUAGCCCAAAGAUGUGGAGUGACUACGGGCCUCUCCCUGUGUGUGUGGCUGAAUGACCCUAGAGGUCUGGGGCAGUGGAACCCCACCAGCUAGGCAGAGGCAAGUCAGAGACCAGCUUCUGGCCAGACUUUGGACAGGGAAGCAUUUCCCCCACCCCGGGCCCCAGGUUCCAAAGGCCUGGGAAGUUAGGGAUAGGACUUGUCAUAUUUCCGUAGCACACAGGAGGGCUGGGCCAGGGUGGAGGUGGCAACCCAGAGUGCUCUGGGGAUCCCAAAGAACACAGCGGGACUAAAAAGCGGCUGCAUUUGGAGAAGGGCCUCUUCCUCCGCCGCCUUGGGGAAGGAAGGCUGGGGCCACCCUCCUCCGCCGCGGGCGGGGCUGCCCGGACCCCGCCGGGGUGGGGAGGGCCGCCGGGCCCAGGAAGGGGGCGGGGCGGCCGCAGUGACGCGGCGGGCGGCGGGGAGGAACCGCAGGGGCGCCGGCGGGCAGACCGGGAGAAAGGUCGGGGCCAUGGGCCGGCGCUGCGCCUCCAGAGGGUCCGGCCACUGCUGGAAUUCGAGGCCGGGGCUGGGGGCGCUCCGGGCUCCGACCCGCGGCCCGUCGGCCCCCGCCCGUACCGGGUGAGGGGCUCCCGCCCUAAACUAGAGGAGGAGCGGAGGCCGCGCGCGGCCGGCCGAGAGCCUUCAGGAUGCUCAUCAAGGAGUACCACAUUCUGCUGCCCAUGAGCCUGGACGAGUACCAGGUGGCCCAGCUCUACAUGAUCCAGAAAAAGAGCCGAGAGGAGUCGAGUGGCGAGGGCAGUGGCGUGGAGAUCCUGGCCAACCGGCCCUACAUGGAUGGGCCCGGCGGCAGUGGGCAGUACACACACAAGGUGUACCACGUGGGCUCCCACAUCCCAGGCUGGUUCCGGGCACUGCUGCCCAAGGCCGCCCUGCAGGUGGAGGAGGAAUCCUGGAAUGCCUAUCCCUACACCCGAACCCGGUACACCUGCCCCUUUGUGGAGAAAUUCUCCAUUGAAAUAGAGACCUAUUACCUGCCUGAUGGGGGGCAGCAGCCGAACGUCUUCAACUUGAGCGGGGCGGAGCGGAGGCAGCGCAUCCUGGAUACCAUCGACAUAGUGCGGGAUGCAGUGGCCCCAGGCGAGUACAAAGCAGAAGAGGACCCCCGGCUGUACCGCUCGGCCAAGACGGGCCGGGGACCGCUGGCUGACGACUGGGCACGCACAGCGGCCCAGACGGGGCCCCUCAUGUGCGCCUAUAAGCUGUGCAAGGUUGAGUUCCGCUACUGGGGCAUGCAAGCCAAGAUUGAGCAGUUCAUCCACGAUGUCGGUCUGCGUCGGGUGAUGCUGCGGGCCCACCGCCAGGCCUGGUGCUGGCAGGACGAGUGGACAGAGCUGAGCAUGGCUGACAUCCGGGCACUGGAGGAAGAGACUGCCCGCAUGCUGGCACAGCGCAUGGCCAAGUGCAACACAGGCAGUGAGGGGCCCGAGGCCCAGCCCCCAGGGAAGCCAAGCACUGAGGCCCGGGCUGGGGCCAGCCAUGCUGGCACCCCCGAUGGGCCCGAGGUCCCCCCAGGACCUGAUGCCUCGCCUGAUGGCAGCUUCAGCAAGCAGUGGUCCUCAUCCUCCCGUUCCUCCUACUCAUCCCAGCAUGGAGGGGGCGUGUCUCCCCAGACUUUGUCCGAGUGGCGCAUGCAGAACAUUGCCAGAGACUCUGAGAACAGCUCUGAGGAGGAGUACUUUGAUGCCCAUGAAGGCUUCUCGGACAGUGACGAGGUCUUCCCCAAGGAGAUGACCAAGUGGAAUUCCAAUGACUUCAUCGACGCCUUUGCCUCCCCCACGGAGGCUGAGGGGGUGCCAGACCCUGGACCUGAGGCCACCAAAGACAUCGGGGACGGGCCCCGAGCACCCAGGGACUCGGAAGGCCCAGACGGAGCGGGGGAACUGGGGGCAGAGACAUGUGCAGUCCACGCCCUCUUCCUCAUCCUGCACAGCGGCAACAUCCUAGACUCGGGCCCUGGAGACACCAACUCCAAGCAGGCGGAUGUGCAGACGCUGAGCCUGGCCUUCGAGGCCGUCACCCGCAUCCACUUCCCCGAGGCCCUGGGCCACGUGGCGCUGCGCCUGGUGCCCUGCCCGCCCAUCUGCGCCGCUGCUUACGCUCUUGUCUCCAACCUGAGCCCCUACAGCCAUGACGGUGACAGCCUGUCCCGCUCCCAGGACCACAUUCCACUGGCUGCCCUGCCGCUGCUGGCCACCUCCUCCUCCCGAUACCAGGGUGCUGUGGCCACGGUCAUUGCCCGCACCAACCAGGCCUACGCCGCCUUCCUGCGCUCGGCCGAGGGCGCCGGCUUCUGCGGGCAGGUGGUGCUGAUUGGGGACGGCGUCGGUGGCAUCCUGGGCUUUGACGCGCUCUGUCACAGUGCCAGCACGGGCACCGGCAGCCGCAGCAGCAGCCGCCGAGGAAGCAUGAACAAUGAGCUGCUCUCCCCGGAGGUCGGCCCAGUGCGGGAUCCCCUGGCAGAUGGGGCGGAGGGGCUGGGUCGGGCCAGCCCAGAACCCUCAGCCCUGCCCGCCCAGCGCACCCCCAGUGACAUGGCCAGUCCUGAGCUCGAGGGCUCUCAAAACAGCCUGCAGGCAGCCCCCCCAGCCACCUCCUCCGGGGAGCCCAGGCGGGCAAGCACAGCUUCCUGUCCACCCACUGCCGCCUCUGAGGCUCCCGAUGGUCCCACCAGUGCCGCCCGCCUUGACUUCAAGGUCUCCGGCUUCUUCCUCUUUGGCUCCCCACUGGGCCUGGUGCUGGCUCUGCGCAAAACCGUGAUGCCCACGUUAGAGGUGGCCCAGAUGCGGCCAGCCUGUGAGCAGAUCUACAACCUCUUCCACGCGGCUGACCCCUGUGCCUCCCGCCUUGAGCCCCUGCUGGCCCCCAAGUUCCAGGCCAUCGCCCCACUGGCCGUGCCCCGCUACCAGAAGUUCCCUCUGGGAGACGGCUCAUCCCUGCUGCUGGCCGACGCUCUGCAGACCCACUCAGGCCUCUUUCUGGAGGAGCUGGAGAUGUUGGUGCCCUCAACACCCACCUCUGCCAGCGGUGCCUUCUGGAAGGGCAGUGAGUUAGGCAAUGACCCGCCAGCCCAGCCAGCUGCCCCCAGCACCACCAGUGAGGUGGUUAAGAUCCUGGAGCGCUGGUGGGGGACCAAGCGGAUUGACUACUCGCUGUACUGCCCUGAGGCGCUCACCGCCUUCCCCACCGUCACGCUGCCCCACCUCUUCCACGCCAGCUACUGGGAGUCGGCUGAUGUGGUGGCUUUCAUCCUGCGCCAGGUAAUUGAGAAGGAGCGGCCCCAGCUGACCGAGUGCGAGGAGCCGUCCAUCUACAGCCCGGCCUUCCCCAGGGAGAAGUGGCAGCGCAAACGCACCCAAGUCAAGAUCCGGAACGUCACUUCCAACCACCGGGCGAGCGACACGGUGGUAUGCGAGGGCCGCCCCCAGGUGCUGAACGGGCGCUUCAUGUACGGGCCCUUGGACGUGGUCACGCUCACCGGCGAGAAGGUGGACAUCUACAUCAUGACGCAGCCGCUGUCAGGCAAGUGGAUCCACUUUGGCACCGAGGUCACCAACAGCUCGGGCCGCCUCACCUUCCCGGUGCCCCUCGAGCGUGCGCUGGGCAUCGGUGUUUACCCGGUGCGCAUGGUGGUCAGGGGCGACCACACCUACGCCGAGUGCUGCCUGACCGUGGUGGCCCGCGGCACUGAGGCCGUGGUCUUCAGCAUCGACGGCUCCUUCACCGCCAGCGUCUCCAUCAUGGGCAGCGACCCCAAGGUGCGCGCAGGCGCCGUGGACGUGGUCAGGCACUGGCAGGAUGCAGGCUACUUGAUCGUGUACGUAACGGGCCGGCCCGAUAUGCAGAAGCACCGUGUGGUGGCCUGGCUGUCACAGCACAACUUCCCCCACGGCGUCGUCUCUUUCUGCGAUGGCCUCACCCACGACCCACUGCGCCAGAAGGCGGUGUUUCUGCAGAGCCUGGUGCAGGAGGUGGACCUGAACAUCGUGGCCGGCUACGGGUCCCCCAAAGACGUGGCCGUAUAUGCGGCGCUGGGCCUACCCCCAAGCCAGACCUACAUCGUGGGCCGCGCCGUGAGGAAGCUGCAGGCGCAGUGCCAGUUCCUGUCAGAUGGCUAUGUGGCCCACCUGGGCCAACUGGAGGCCAGCUCCCACCCUCAUGCCCCCGCGGGACCCUCGAGGGCCACCCUGGCCAAGAGCAGCUAUGGCGGGGCUGCCCCUGUGGACUUCCUCCGAAAACAGAGCCAGCUGCUUCGCUCAAGGGGCCCCAGCCAGGCGGAGCGGGAGGGCCCAGGGACGCCGCCCACCACCCUGGCACGGGGCAAGGCCCGAAGCAUCAGCCUCAAGCUGGACAGCGAAGAGUGAGGCCCAAACUGUGGCUGGACUUGGGUUAUUUAUUCACACACUCGAGGGACCCAAGUGGCCGCAUGUGGAAGGCUGGGCCCCCAGCCCCAGGUCCUGCAUCUCGGUUUGCCCCUCACUGUUAGUUCCCUUUCACGUUGGGGGACCCAGCCCUGAGGGUGGGAGGAGGGAGCAGAAAGGGCCCAGAGGCGUUUCCAGUGUGUGCAAAUCCAUGGAAAUAAACACCACCUGC